AUGUCCACUUUCAAACUUCUUAGUGUUCCAUUUCUCGCUAUCAGAGAAGUUCUUAGAAAUUUGAAUCUUAUUGAACUACUGGAACUAUCCCAGACCUCUAAAAAAUUGAGCAUUUUGAUUUCACAAGCAGCAAAACGACAAUUUGAAGUGAUCGUGGAUUGUAGACCCAGAUGCAUGACAAUCAAUACUCCAAGAAAAUCAUAUCAUAUCAAUUUGGAUAAAAAAGUGGAGGGUGUGAUGAAUAUUGGAAGUUACAAGAGACACACAACGGCUGGUGAACAAAAGAUGACUCUCCACUGGAAGAAACAUUGGAUCUCUCUAUUUUAUCAAAUAGUUCGGAUCUUCAAGUGUCCAGUCACUGCAUUCUACACUGGAUCAUUUCUUUCUCUCAAUGAAUUUCAAUUAAUCAUGAAAUUCAUAAUGAGAAGACAAUCGGAAAUUCAGCAGUUGCAUAUAAGAAAAAACAACAUUGAUGAGAAAUUUAUGUUGAAAAUUCUCAAUACACUGGCAGUCAGGGAAUCUUUAUUUUUAAAUUCCAAUAGUCUUCCCCAAAAUUUUCACUAUAAAUAUGGCUUGACUUCAAUCUCUUUUUGGAGUUGUAAAUGGUUCACACUCAACAGUCUAUUGGCCACACGCUCAGUUACAAUAGAACUGCUGGGAUCAUCACUGACCAAUGAGGACUUGAAUGUGUUUCUGUUGGGAUGGAAGCAAGGAAAAUAUCCACGUCUGGCUUAUUUAUCAAUUGGAAGUGAUUCAUUUAAUGACUCUGUGCCAAUUCUGGGAAUGAUGCCACCAAUAAGAAAUGAGAAUCCAAAUCCCGAGGUGAUACGCAUGUCAUUCGGAAACAGUGUGUUCUCCAUUACAGGAGGUGUGCAAAUACGGAGAGACGACGGAAUGGCUGCAUGGAUUAAGUUUGGAAAAGAUGAUGGAUUGUCACCAAAUUUGAUGAAGCUUUCUUUGAUUGUUGAAACCAAAUUGGAUAGAGCAUUUUGUGAUAGAGCUGCCGAAGAAUUUAUUGAAGCGUUUAAAACAUUCAGUCAAUUCAAAAAGAGAAGAGUUGCUGAAGAGAUCUCACUUAUCGAUCUCCCUGCCAAAAUAUUUUUGUGCAACAAGAUGGUAAUCGAUUCAUUUUUACCGUGGGACGUUUGUUUCAACAAUUCCAGAGGAGUAGCUGAUAGCUCAUCUUUUGAGAAACCGCCAAUGCGGACUUCAGCGAUGGGUAAAAACGAAUUCGGAAAACUUGGGGUGGGAUCUGAUGAAAAAUAUAUAGAUAGGUUAAAAGAUGUGAAACUGUUUGGAGAGGGAUAUGAGGGAUCAGAAGAGAUUUUCACCACUCCAGUCAAGUUGGAUUACGUGGCUUAUCAUGACGAGCUAGAUGUUGUCUUGAACUAUACUUCGACAGAAUUCCGAAAUUACAGUAGUAGUCGUGAUUUGAUUGUGGGACAGUGGCGGGAUGAUGAUCCCGGAAUAGUUUCGAGAGGACCAAAUUGGAGAGUUUUGAGUGAAUUGGGAAGUAGUGGUGGAUACGUCUUACCGGUUACGAUGAUGCAAAUUUCAAGACAGAAUCAUUUCUAUACCGAAAACAUGCACAACACCAUAUGUAGUGACGAUCUUGGUACACAACAGUCUGCUGUUUACUGGGUUCAAGUCCGCACUAGCCAGAACUGGGAAAACGAUUUGACUCCUCAAAUGCCGGUAGUCAUUGCAAAUGGAUAUCGAAUCGAUGUGACGAACAGACCGAUUCAGAUGGAAGCUAAUGGAUAUAAAGAAAUUUACGCCACCAGUAGAGGUGUCUUUUACAAAGGGCAAUUGAGAUUAGUUCCCGCAGAGCAAAGCAGAAAAAGAGCUCAUGCCGAGGAUAAUUCUGAAACGAGUUCACACAUUGUUUCUUCUCAGAAACCAAAUAUUUUGACUGCUGUGUUGGAAGAGGUAGUAUUGCCACACAGUGUAGAUGGAUUUACAGUUGAGGACUGCUCUUUUAUUUUUCAUGCACGCAAUUCGGAAAACUUACAAAGCAAUAAAAGUGACUACUGGCCUGUUUAUUAUCCUUAUUGUUUCACCAUCCCUAUCAACAAAGAUCGUUCAUAUAUGACAGAAAAUGCACCAAAACUGCAUAGUUUUUUCGAGGAGCAUGUGGAAAAUGGAUACAAAGAAUACUACGAUAGAAUUUUUAACAUAAUGGGAUUAGUCACUGUUGAAUUGAUGCUACCAGUGCUAGCUCUUUUGACUCUUCGAAACUUUCUAGAACUGGAUAAAGCAACGAAAAUACCCAUUGUAUUUUUGAAGUGUGCCAAAGCAUAUGAAGGAUUAGAUAUCGUGAAGCCAGAGGAAUUAGAAGUGUUAUGUAAAAAACUUGAGAAAGAGAUGUUGAAUUCAACCGCACAGGUCAAGGAUCUUCCGAUUGUUGUGCGGAAAACCAGGUGGAGUGAGCAGAACAGGACAGAUCGAUUAUCGAUAAUGAAAAAAGAGUCCGAAGAUUUCAUGAGUCACCUCAUCUCAGAUAUAACUAACUCCAUGAGACACCUGAUGAACUUGCCGCUUGUUUACAGAAAACACAGUUUGGAUUUACGUUUUUGUUAUUUCGUCUUGAUGAUUUUGGAAAGCUACAAUAAACACAUAGAAAGAUACAAGGAAAACUAUCAACCAUCCAGUUUUGAAGGAAGCUACUUCAUAGAAGAAGAGACAGUGUUUGGACCGGUGUCUGUUGUCAACGCAAUGAAGAAUAAUGUGGAGAAAUCUGAAUGGGGAGAAUCAAGAUUCCGUACAAUUGUGAUUGAAGCCUUUGUAAUUUUAUAUAGUCAUGAUAAGGACAAUAAACCAAUUGUUCACCACAAGAUCUACGAACGAACAAUUAAUUGGAUAUUCCUUCAGUAUAUGGAUUCGACACUCAUCAGUGAAGUCGAUGAGAACAAUAUACUAAAUUUGAAUAAGAUAUGCUUACGUGAUGAUUCACCGCUUCGUUUCCGAAAUCUUGUGCACCGGUAUUUCUCGACGGAUGAAGAUGUCAAUGAGCAUAGAUUCUGUAAAAAGGAGUACAACAUGUCGACCUUCUUCUCGACUCUUGCCCCAACAGAUAAAUACUACAUCACUACUUCUGAUAAGACGAUAGUGGAAUGCCCGAAAAUCCUCUUCGAAAUCUUCUCUGCCUAUGAUGCGGCUAGACGACGGAAUUGUGACGGAAACCUUCACGAGUUACAGUUGGAUUUCAAGGAGACUACUGUCCAAGCAUUGCUAUGUGUUGUGAUGGACAUUUCGGUUUUCCCCAGAAUGGAUAUGGACAUGAAACUCGAAGUUUUUAAAAUUGCGCGGUUCUGUAUUUUCACUCACCUUAUUGAAAAACUUUUGUUGCUGAUUAUUGUGACAGCGGAAGAAGAAGAUGUGUAUGACAUUCGACAGUUAUUCGGGGAACACCGAGAAUCCGUCAUCGAAAUGAUAGGCAAGUACCGGCCAGAAAUGAUUCUCUUCUGGGAGAUUAGCCCUAUACCCGAGGAACAAUUUUGGGACGACUAUAAAUUGAUAUGUGAAGAAAUAGCGAUACAUCAUUACCGUGAAGUCGAUGAAUGUGCUAGACGUGUGAAGAAAGAUGAAGUCUUCGAUGACUAUGAAAUAAGUAAAUCAUGGAUUCGGCAAGAGUUUUUUGACAAGGAGAAGGAUAAAGAUAUCGAGACAGAUGCCGAAGUGAGUUAA